CUGCUAUAUGAUUAUGAUGUCACACUGCGGGGUGUCUCGUUCCUAGCUGGAUCAUACUAUUACUAGGAAGAUACUAGAGACAGACUAAGCAGCAAACACAGCAAACUGACGACCUGUCAUGUGAUCUCCGUGGAUCUCCACCGGCUCCCCACACUUUAGCUUCCACUCACCACGGCUCCAUUGAAUCCGAAGUAUACAUAGAACACGGAACACGCAGUGGCAGCAUGUCAACAGAGCCCCUUCUACCCUCUUAUGCCUCGGCUACCCAGCAUGCAAGCUCCCACAGACACCAGGCAUCCCGCCGACGAAACUCCAUCGUCAUCCCCGCCGUUUCUGUCAUCCAAACCUUAAGCGCCCUCAGUUUCACCGGGACAGCCAUCGUCUCCACGGCCUGGGCCCAUCGAAGCUACGCACCUCCCGAUCUGUCUCCUCCAGAAUCAGCGCCCUUACUUCCCUACUUCGCCUCGCUAUGUCUGACCAUUUCGCUCGGCGUCUGGCUCGGUUACAUGAUAUUCAUCCUCUAUGAUAUGGCUGGGGGUUCAAUCACGCAGCGGAAAAUCGUCGUCGGUGCAUCUGUGGUGGGCAAGCUGGUUCUGGCGGGAGCUCACAUUGGGGUGUGGCUUGGGUACAAAUAUCUCGUCAUAGGUCCACGGCAACCAAACUGGGGGCUGAUGUUUCUGGCGGCUCAGUCGUGGUGGGAUCUGCUACUGUUGGUCGUAUACUCGAGUCUGAGGGUGACAGAAGAGCCCCGGAUGAGACGGUGAGCGUUGCUGCAGGCUGUCCUGGUGGUUACCGGGUGUUUCUGUCCCUUUCAACCGCCGAGGUCUGCUUCCCGGAAAUGAUGAGAUGGCGGUCAUAGCGUGUCUGUGUUCAUAAGGAUACUACGGAGUAGUAAACAUUAUUUGUAACUUCUCUGACAGCAUAUGCUUCUGAUCCUG